AAUGAUCACACGAACGAACUAAUGGAGUUCCCUCCUCAUUGGUUCCAUUCCAUUUCCAUAUAAAAGGCGACGACCUGCCAAAUUUGAUUUCGUACUGCCUCUUCUUUCUUCUCUAUCGUUCUCCAAUUCACCAAUCUUCCCGCCGGAUUCUCUCAACAAUAAUGGCUUCCUCGUUUCAUUCCCAUUCUCCGGCCAUUAGAACCGUCACCAUAUCGUUCUCAGAGCUCCAAGUAAGUGAAUCUCAAGUGGAUCGGAAUGUUGAUUUGUCGAUGAAGAUUGAAGAAGGAUUUGGACCUAAGGGGCUGGGAAUUCUAUCAGUUACUGAUGUCCCUGGAUUUCCUUCGUUGCGGAAGGAUCUUCUACGUCUUUCAUCGAGAUUGGCGAAGCUACCAGAAGAUGUGAAGAAGGAGCUUGAAGAUCCUCAUACUAGGUAUAAUUUUGGAUGGAGUCAUGGGAAAGAGAAACUUGAAUCUGGGAAGCCUGAUUUGUUGAAGGGCUCAUUCUAUGCCAAUCCCAUAUUGGAUACCCCAACAACAGAUGCAUCUUUAAUUCAGAGGUAUCCAUCAUAUUGUGGUUCAAAUAUUUGGCCUUCUAGAGAUCUGCCAGAACUUGAAUUAGCCUUUAAAGCUCUGGGAAAGCUGAUUCUCGAUGUUGGUUUGAUGUUGGCAUAUCAUUGCGACCAGUAUGCUGCUAAAAUGAUGAAACUGAAUGAGGAUGAAGCCCUUGAAAAGAUAAUUCUGAACUCCCGGUGUCAUAAAGGGCGCUUGCUUUAUUAUUUUCCAGCACAGCAAAGCACUUGUUCAGAAGAUAGCGAUAAACUGUCCUCUUGGUGUGGAUGGCAUACAGAUCAUGGUUCACUAACAGGUCUGACCUGUGCAACGUUUACAAGAGAUGGUCUGGAGAUACCUUGCCCUGACAGUGCUGCUGGCCUCUAUAUCAGGACAAGGGCUGGCGAAAUUGUUAAAGUUUAUUAUGGAGAAAAUGAAAUAGCAUAUCAAAUUGGUGAAACCACAGAGAUUCUAUCCAGAGGAUAUCUAUGUGCAACACCACAUUGUGUUCGGGCACCUAAAGGGAAGGAAGCUUUUAAUCUUGAACGCUCCACAUAUGCACUGUUCAUGCAACCUGAUUGGGAUCAGAAACUCAAUUUUCCUGAGGAGGUUCAUAUUCACAAAGAGAUAAUCCCCACAAAUUGUGCCCUAACAUUCGGAGAGUACUCCGAAAAACUGCUGGACAAAUACUACCACCUGAAAUCAUAGUGAGCUUCAGAAAUCAAGAGCUUGUGAUUUUCUCUUUCAACUACUAUUUUGUGAAACUAAAGGUACCCCACCUAUUUAAUUUCCCUUUAAUUUUCAAAACUCAUAUACGGAAAAAGAAAGUUUAUAUUACAGCACGUUUUUUCUUCAUUAUUUAAAAGUUUGUUUUGUUUAUUUUUUUUUUUAAAAAAAUAAUGACUAUAAAGGAAACUCCCUUAAUUUCAA